AAAGCAAGAAAAGUAGCGGGAUAUUUUGAACAGUUAGGCUCAUCGUCGCGGCGCGUAAAAAUUCAACUGUUUUUCACUUAUACUACUGUGAUUGCGCGUGUGUAUUUUUUUCGGGUGUACUUUGUGUAGAAUCGCUGUGCGAGGCGCAAUGCGAGAAGCGUGCAUUUAAAAUGUUUAAACUGUUGCCAAUCGAGCUAUAAACAAAAAGAUCUGAAAAUGUCUGAAUACUUGCAUUGAGGAAGCGCCGCAGACACCUCCACAGACGACAGACGACAGACGAUUCCACGAGCCCGUUCAGAGUCUCGAGCCGGAAAAAGCGCGAGAAUCAUGGCCAUCAAUCAGGGCAAGUACAAGCCCACCAUUUGUGCCAUCGAUGAGGUGGAUGAUCGCAGCUACAAGCUGCACAACAGCCAGGACGAGAUCCGUGGCAAGAAGCAGCUGCAGCAGCAGCAGCAACAGCAGAUCGAGGGCAGCGAGACGGCGCCACUGACGACGAACCAACAGAAGCUGCACAUGGAUGAGGCGGGUCUGACGCCCAAAGACCUGGAGGCGGCUCGCCAAGAGGCGCUCAGCGAGGUCAGCGGUGGAGUGGCAGGCGGUGGCAGGACACCCACAGCGAAUACACCCAACUCCACGCAUCCCUCGGCGAAUGGACUGAGAGCCUUGCUGCUUCCAGGACGUCGCUCCUUCGAUGCGUUGAUGAGUUUGUCGCGGAAGCGAAGGAUCUUGUAUGUGACCACCGCCUGCCUGUGCGCCCUGCUGCUGAUCAUCAUCAUCAUGCUGCUGGCCUUCUGGCCGGAUGUGCCCUUCUAUCUGCGCGCGCCGCUCUGCCUGGAGCGGGAGUGCGUGGAGAGCAGCCGCCAGCUGCUGCUCUGGGCCAACACAUCGAAGAGUCCGUGCCACCAGACAUACGAGUGGGCGUGCGGCAACUUUGCCAGCGACUACGCCGACAACGACUACUUUGUGAUCAAGCGUGGCGAAUGGAACUACAAGACUUACAAUGAGUAUCAGGAACUCAAUGAGCUGAAUCGCUUCAUCUCGAUGCUGCCCAACACGGCGGAGGGCUCCUACUCCGUGGAGUCCACCAUCAGCAGCUUGUACCGCAGCUGCCGCGAGAUCGAUGCCCUCGACAAGAGCCAGUCGGAUCUGCUGCUCAAGCGAGCCAUCAAAUCCGUGGACGGCUGGCAGCUAUUCCGGGAUGCGAAUCGCCUGCAGUAUUGGGAGCACAAGCGGGCGCUGGUGCAUCUGCAGGCCAAGUACGGAGUGUUCCCCUACUAUCGCAUCAGCGUGGAGAACGGCUACAGCAACCCGCAUGACUAUGUGAUUGCCGUCGACGAGGGUGAGAUUGGUUUGCCGGACAAGUACUUCUAUGGCCCCGAUGCCGACGAGGAUGUGGUCAGAGGCUACAAGCUGCUGCUCCGCGACUUCGCCAUCAAUAUGGGUAUUGUGUCGCGCGAGGCGGAUCUGUUUGCCGAUGAUAUCUUCCACUACGAGCGCCGCAUUGUCAAUCACAUGGAGGAUGCCAAGGCCGGCGGAGAGCGGCAGUUGAACAGGUUGAUGCGUUUGGCCGACUUGAAGACCAAAGCACCAUCGCUGCCAAUCUUUGAGUCGCUGCAGGCCAUAUUUCCGAACACAAGGAUCACCGAGGACACCGAGGUCUUGGUGCGCGACGUGGAGGUGCUGCACUCCCUCUCCGAGCUGCUCUCCACCUCGGACAAGAAGCCCAUCAAUAAUUUCAUCGUUUGGUCGCUGGCCCGCCAAAUGCUGCCGCACCUGUCCAAGGAGUAUCGCACGCUGGCGGAGCACUUCGACCAUGCCAUCUAUGGCCGCACGGCCAGCUACCCGCGCUGGCUCGUCUGCAGUCGCGUGGUGCGCGACUGGCUGCCCUUUGCCGUCGAGGCGCUCCAGCAGCAGCCGCCCCAGCAGCAGUUCGAGCGGCAGGCAGCCAGCCCUGCGGCGGCUGGUGGCAUGAACGAAACCCAUGCCAGCGAGGAGUAUCUGCGCCUCAUGUUCUACAGCCUGCGCAACCAGCUGCAGGACUCGCUGGAGCAGGCCAGCUGGCUGGAGAGCGCCGCGCGGCAGUUCCUCAGAAAGAAGCUGGACGAGAUGCGACUGCAGUUCGGCAUACCCGGGGAGGUGCUGGAGCAGGCCAACUACCUGAAGGACUACUACAACGAUCUGAUGCUGAACAAUCUGUACUUCGUGGAGCAUCUGGAGUCCAUCUGGACGUUCCGGCGCACGCGGCUCGAGAGGAAGCUGAAGCCGCUCGGCAUGCUGGAUGUCAUUGUUUCCGAGAUGUACACGAGGGACAAUCCACAGGCCAUUGCCUACUCGAACAAGCUGAAUAUGCUGCUGGUGUCGCGGGUCCUGAUUAGCUCCAGCUACUACGACUAUCGCUAUCCAGUCGCCGUCAACUUUGCCCGUAUUGGCACAGACAUUCUGGAGGCUUUGAUCGCGAACUUUCCCACAUUUCUGCUGCAGUUCAACGACCAGAGCUCGGACCUGAGCGACGCCGUGCCGGAGAUCCGCUACGCCCAGCCGGAUGUCAAUUGCUUGGCCAGCGGCCAGCCGCCCCGCCUCACCCACGAGCUCAACGAGCUGUCCAGCACGGCCCUCGAGAGCUUCCACGUGACGCUGGGUGCGGCGAGGACGGCGGCGCGGGCCCUGAGCAGCUUUGUCAGCGCCAUCGAUGCGGGCAGCGCCAUUCAGGGCUCGGGCAUCGAUCAGGGGAACACCUACGAGGCCCUCGGCCUCACGCGACGCCUGCGCGUGCCCGGCCUGAGGUCGUUCAACGAGAACGAGCUCUUCACCCUCGCCUACAUGCAGCAGCAUUGCAGCACCACGGUGGCGGACAAGGACUAUGCCAGGAUAAAGCCGCAUGUGGAGCGGCAGCUGGCCGAAAGAUAUCUAUUCAAUGCCACCUGGCAGCACAUACAGUUCCUGCCACGCUCCACCAACUGUGCCGUGUCCGAGCCGAGUUGUUCCAACUUGCUCUGAAACCCAUUCGAUCGUCCCCAGGCACACAGCGACUGUGGAUGAUUUGUUGUACAAUUCCAGCAACGAGAAGACGAAGAAAACCCUCUACAAAUAUUUAUUGUACUAUUUUUUUUUACUCCCACACAUUGCCAGAGACACACACACACACACGCAGAGAAUCGCCUUAGAUUGUAGUCUAGAGUUUAAGCUAAUUUAGUUGUAAACACAAAGGAUUUAGACCUGACAGUGACUAGCCACCGUUGACAUCACCUCACCAACUGCCCCCCCGUCUGGCGUUCAGCUUCAUUCGAAACCUUGUCAAGCGAUGAGGCUGGAGCAGCAUCCCCCCCCGCACUUACUGCUAACUGGAAAACAUUGAGAGAACAUUGAGAGUUACUUGAAUUAAGUACGAACCUAGCUUAGGGCCGAAACACUAAUCUUAGUUAGUUGCUAAGCACUCUGCAUGCCCCCCCCUGUAUAGAUUGAUGAAUUUUCAUUUGCGAACAAUUAAAGCCUGAAUGAACCUUUCAA